AUGGCGGAGAUCUUUCCGGAGUACGAUGCCUGGUUGGCGAAGUACGAAUCCUUGAAGAACCUCUGUGACAUUCCUGGCAGCAUUACAUUUUGCCAGCAACAUCCCGGAACCAUCAACAAUCGGAAACACAACUUGCAGGGCAAUUGCAUGCUGCAUCAGAUUGCCUAUUGGGGUGUUGGCCAAGAUAUUGUGGAGCAGUUCAUGCAGCUGGGCAGCGACCCCACCUUGCGCAACUUCGAUGGGGAGACGCCGGUAGACAUGGCUGUGAAAGAAGGACGUGGCAACACUGCAGAUGCUUUUCGUCAGGUUUUUGGGGAGAUGGAGGAUUGUGAGCGUCAAAAGGCAAUUUUUCUCAGUGCCGCGAAAAAUGGGGACUUUGUGACUUGCUUCAGAACACUGCAACAACAUCCCUGGCUACGGAAUGCACAAAGCCACCGUGGAUGGUCGGUGCUCCACCAGGCUGCUUUCCAUGGCUGUGCGGCUCGCCUCAUCGCCCGGCUCCUGGACCUUGGUGUCAGUGAGGAGUUGAGGACGGCGGAGGGCGAAACUUUCCUAAACGUCCUCGAGAACACCCUGGUCACAGUUUCUUGA